ACGUACUACCGUCGGUACUAAUCAGACAAAGUUUUUCAACUGUUCUUUAAUCUGACCAUAAUCGACUGAAAUACUCAUCGAAUCACGACGCGCGAUGUUUUGAACCUUUUGAAAUUGAUAUAGCAGCAUAUGGCAGAUGGCUGUGUUGUGUGUGAAAGAUUGACAGUGAUUUACUGACGAAUAAUCGCAUAUUACGAUCCACGGUGAUAACACUGACAACACAGUCUGCCGUUUCGCAAUGUCCGCAAAUUACUAUUUCGCUAUUGUUGGCCAUGCCGAUAAUCCGCUAUUCGAGAUAGAGUUCAACAAUGCUGGAAAAGACGCAAAGAAGGAAGAUCAUUCGCAUUUGAAUCAAUUUAUCGCCCACGCGGCGCUCGAUCUUGUGGACGAGCACACGUGGAAAACGACGAACAUGCAUCUAAAAGUUGUAGAUAAAUUUAACCAGUGGUUUGUUAGCGCGUUUGUGACGGCGACCCAUAUCAGGUUUGUCAUGGUGCACGAUAGCAAGAAUGAAGACGGAAUCAAGAACUUUUUUAAUGAAAUGUACGAGACCUAUAUAAAGUAUUCAAUGAAUCCAUUUUAUAAGCUAAACACUCCUAUCAAAUCUGUGGGAUUUGAGAAAAAGGCACAGCUAUACGGUAGAAAAUAUUUAUCUUCAUGAACGUAAUGAUUGCUAUUAGUAA